UAAAUACAGAUGAGUGUCAGAGGUUUGGGGCAAGUGGGAUCUGGAUCCAUAGCAUAGAGAGAGAGAAGAAGAAAAUCUUGGCUUGAUAAUUCAGAUUUGAAAGAGAGAGAAAGAUAAAAGGGCAAAAUGACAACACUCUUUGUCCAGAAACCCAUAAGAGCCUUCUUCUCUUCUGCUGCAACCAUUUUAUUAUUACUAUAAACAAUUACUAUAAGCAAGGCGGUGGUUUGGCUUUUCUAGUAACUUUGACCAUUCUCAUUCUCUCUUCAAACCUUCAUGGGAAUAUAACAAAGAAACUCACUGUGCCACCACUCAUCUCAACUUGGUAGGUAGGGCUUGUGUGUGUGGUUGAGAAAGAAACUUUACUUGUUACAGGAGUGAGUGAGAUACAUGACCACUAGAGAAUAGAGAGAGAAAGAGAGACUCAACUUGAAAAAGCAAAUUUCAUUUUUAGGGAUAGACUAGUUUGCCGUGGAAUCAAGUAGCAAUAUUUUUUCUUUUUGUUCACCGAUGGAUGGUUACGAAGCUACACGAAUUGUGUUUUCAAGGAUCCAAAACUUGGACCCUGAAAAUGCUUCAAAAAUCAUGGGUGUACUUCUUCUUCAAGACCAUGGUGAAAAGGAAAUGAUUAGAUUAGCAUUUGGUCCGGAAGCACUUGUUCACUCUGUGAUUCUCAAAGCCCGCAAGGAGUUAGGUUUACCUUCGAACUCUCCGCCCACACCCUCUACUCCUCCUUCUCCUUCACCCUUCCUUUCCAGGCAAAACUCCACUUCUUCAAGGCUCAGUGGUAUCAACAUCCCUCCUGCUCUCACUAUCCCAAACCCUUCAUCAUGGCCUACCAUGUCUGAUGAUUUGAUGAGUCCCAACCAUUUGGUUGUUGGCUCUUCUACUUCUUCAUCUUCCUUACCCUACUAUGCUAAUGGAGGGUCAGAUCCAAUUGAUGACUUCCAACUUCAAGACCAGCUUUCUUUCCUGAAUGAUGGUUCUCCAACUAGUACUGCUUUUGCACACAAGACCAACCCAGAUUUGUUUUACCCUACUAACAACUCAGACUUGUCUUCAAGUCCUACUACUGCUGUUGACCCUACCCUUUUUCCUUCCUAUGGUUGGGGAGGGUCUAUUCACCGUAGGAGUUGUUCAGUCAAUGAUGCUUGUUUGGGCUCUGAGGACCCUAGUUCUGGGUUGGGAUGGAAGCCUUGUCUUUACUUUGCUAGAGGGUACUGUAAAAAUGGGACUAGUUGCAGGUUCCUUCAUGGUGGAAUUGGAGAUGCUGAUGGUGGUGGUGCUGCUGCGAUGGUUGGCUCUCCUGGCAAGAUUGAGAUGAUGGAGCAGUGCCAUGAACUCUUGCGAUCCAAAUCUGUUCAGCAACAAAGAUUGGCUGCUGCUUCUCAGCUCAUGGCCUCUUCCACUUUUCCUUACUCCCCAAAGUCCAUGAACUUCCUGUUGCAGCAGCAACAAAAUGAUACUCAAAGAGUGGCAGCUGCAGCUCUGAUGAUGAGUGAGGAUUUGCAUAAAUUUGGACGAUCAAGGCUUGAAAGAAAUGAUUUUUCUUUGAACAGUCCUGUUAUGGUAAACCCAGCUUCCAGGCAGAUCUACUUGACUUUCCCAGCAGAUAGCACUUUCAGAGAGGAAGAUGUUUCAAACUACUUCAGCAUUUAUGGCCCAGUGCAAGACGUGAGGAUCCCAUACCAGCAGAAGCGAAUGUUUGGCUUUGUUACCUUUGUUUAUCCAGAGACUGUGAAGCUUAUUCUAUCCAAAGGAAAUCCUCAUUUUGUGUGUGAUGCUCGAGUGCUUGUUAAGCCUUACAAGGAGAAGGGCAAAGUCCCAGACAAGUACAGGAAGCAGCAGCAGCAGGUAGAUAGAGGAGAUUUUUCACCAUGUGGUACUCCUACUGGAUUGGAUGCUAGAGACCAAUUUGAUCUUCAACUUGGUGGCAGAAUGCUCUACAAUACUCAAGACAUGCUGUGGAGGAGGAAGCUGGAGGAGCAAGCUGAUUUGCAGCAAGCUCUUGAGCUGCAAAGUAGGAGGCUAAUGGGUCUGCAACUUCUUGACAUCAAGAAGCAUCACCAGCGUGCACUCUCCACUGGAAGCCCAAUUCCUUCCCCCACUCACUCUCCUAACAUGUUCAACCAAAAUAUUGUUCCUUCUUUUCACAUCAAUUCAGAAUCCCCAAAGGAGAGUGGUUCAACUUCUGCUCCAGCUAGUACUGCAUCAGUUUCUGCUGGUCAACAGCCGGUCAACAUUGCUAUUGGCAAGGAAGUGGUUGUCAAUGGAGAGAAUGGAUAUAACGAAGGCAAUGGCAAGCAGAACUCUAGUCAUGACGAUUGUGAUUUGCAAGAAUGUUUGGAGCAUAAUCUCCCUGAUAGCCCUUUUGCUUCCCCAACAAAAGGUGAUGGAGACUUCCUGGUUGCCUUCUCCAAUGGACCUAAUGAGGCCAAUGAUGCAGAUGCCUCAGCUGCAUCUGCCAACUCCAAAUUUGGUACUAGCACAUUACUUCCUGCAGCAUCUGCUCUUGACAUGGGAACUUUCAAAUCCUUUAAUUGCCAAAUACCAAGGUUCUCUUCUGGCCAUGGGACUAUUGGUAUGUUCGCGGGCACCGGUGGACCAAUUGGCAUUUAGUUUCCUGAUGUUCAGGAAGUUAAAGAUGACCAAACAAACCCGGACAGAUAUGUAGAGAAUCACAAUUAUCACCACCACCACCAUGACGGCCAUCACCAUCAAUCUUCAAUACUAUACUACUUACUACAUUACAAAAUGCAUACGUAAAAAGCAGUUCAGUAAAGGAAGUGGGGGCAGGCAUUCGCUUUCUUUAGUUAGAGCAUUAUUAUUGUACUAUUUUCUUUUAUCUGUAGUAGCUGAAUGAACCACAGGUUAAAAUAACACACAAAGAAUCAUCAGAGUCAAUGUGUAGUAGGAACUCCAUGGCACUGUAAUUUCUUCUCAUUACCCUUGGAUGUAGUAGUUUAGAUUGUUAGUCCUAUGUUGUUACAGGUAUAAUUUCAAGUCUUUGUACAGCUGGAGCAUUACCCAGAGAGAAAGCAUGCAUAGAUGAAGUGGUAAAACCGUAAAUGCGGAGUUGUAUAACUACAAGGCUGAUUGAGAUCCCCCCAUGAUGGGUAACUUGAGUUUGGAGGCCAGAAGUGAGGAGGGGAGUGUAUAAUUGUCAAUCUUAGCUGGAUUAAAGUUCAAAGUGGAGAUAUUUAGCUUGGAUCUUUAUGUUUUCAUCAGUUAAGUUUGUAGUUCUACUUAGUUGUUAUACACAGUUAUCAACAACCCAGACAGAAAAGAGAAAACAAGAAUUAGAAAGAAGAAUCAAAAGUGAGUUUUUAGACUAAUUGGUCUAUUUGCCUCUCCUCUUGUGUUUUGCUUUUUGAUUUUGAAGGAGAAUUUGUCUCAUUGUUCCUUCAAUUAUUUCCCCCUUUCAAAUUGUAAAUUGGUGGGGUCUUUGCCAUUAUUGGAGAGGAAAGAAGGGGACCCCAAGGCACACCAUCACAUGGGGUUGCUGACACUGCAAAUGGGCCACACACACAUUUAUAAAAUGACAGGUUGUGAAUAGGUCCUACCCAUGUGAGUGAUGCCAGUGCCACUUUCUCUUUCAUAGA